CACUAGAGGCGGGCCAAAGACCAGCGCAAGCGCAGGGCGUUGCGAAUCUCGGGACCCCUGUGGGAGAGACUAUGGCGCUCAACAAGAAUCACUCAGAGGGCGGCGGAGUGAUCGUCAACAACACUGAGAGCAUCUUAAUGUCCUAUGAUCAUGUGGAACUUACAUUCAAUGACAUGAAGAAUGUACCAGAGGCCUUCAAAGGGACCAAGAAAGGCACCGUCUACCUAACUCCAUACCGGGUCAUCUUUCUGUCCAAGGGCAAGGACGCCAUGCGGUCCUUCAUGAUGCCCUUCUACCUGAUGAAGGACUGUGAGGUCAAGCAGCCAGUGUUUGGUGCCAACUUCAUUAAGGGGACAGUGAAAGCUGAAGCAGGAGGUGGUUGGGAAGGCUCUGCCUCCUACAAGCUGACCUUCACAGCAGGGGGUGCCAUUGAGUUUGGGCAGCGGAUGCUCCAGGUGGCAUCUCAAGCCUCCAGAGGUGAAGUCCCCAAUGGAGCCUAUGGGUACCCUUACAUGCCCAGCGGGGCCUAUGUCUUUCCCCCACCAGUCGCCAAUGGAAUGUACCCCUGCCCUCCUGGCUACCCCUAUCCACCGCCCCCACCCGCAGAGUUCUACCCUGGGCCUCCUAUGAUGGACGGGGCCAUGGGAUAUGUACAGCCCCCACCACCACCCUAUCCUGGGCCCAUGGAGCCUCCCGUCGUCAGCGGCCCCAGUGCCCCCCCUACUCCUGCAGCUGAGGCCAAGGCUGCAGAAGCCGCUGCCAGCGCCUAUUACAACCCGGGCAACCCACACAAUGUCUACAUGCCCACGAGCCAGCCACCACCACCACCCUACUACCCCCCAGAAGACAAGAAGACCCAGUAGACCCUGCCCACCUCCUGCCUCUUACCUGAAGACCCCUUCCUGGGCCUCCCAUGGAGCUGCAUCUGGGAUUCCAGGAGGCCAGGGAAGGCCCUGUUCUUCCCCAGGCCUAAGUAUAAAGUUAGCCGGAGCUAGCCCUGAUAGAAAGGUGGAACUCCUGGCCUCUGAGAGGCAUGUCCCAGCUUCCCACCCUAGCUCAGCUCACAGCGCUGUUCUACCCAGCCUCCCUUUAACCAUCUCUGGAGCUCACAGAAGCACGGGGUAACCCCUUGUUCCUCAUGAUAGUGGACACACACAUACACACACACACACACACACACACACACACACACACACACACACACAGAGGGACUCUCUGGCCACUCCUCUACUGCUGUCCAGCCCCUUGAGCCUGGUGACCAUUGUUCUUCAUCUCUUGGGCUCAUAAGACCAGCCGUGUCUCCCACAGGCCCUGCCCAGUCAUGUUCACAUUCCUUCCCCUUCCUUCCCCCCUGGCGUGUGCCUGGCCCUGGAAGGCCGCUGUCCCAGCAGUCACACUCAUCCGCCUCCCUUGUUCUUUCUGUUGCUUCCAGGGAUUUUACCCGGAGCUUCCAGUGGCUGGCAUCAGAAGCAAAGCCACUGUGGCAGAGAGGAAGCCCCUCUGCCCCUCUGCCCCUCUGCCCCUCUGCCCCUCUGCUAGUGUUUCUGGGGAUUAUUCACUCUCCUUUUCCCUUCACAAGGGCCUUCUCUGCAGGGGCGAUAGAGAAUGCAUGUCUGCCCCAUUGGGCCUUUUGGUCUGGGAUUCCUCCAACCACAUGACCUAUACCCCGAGCCCGCCUCUCCGUGCGCUUCGCCCCCUGGAUGCACUAAGAGUUGCUCUCGUUUGUUCCUGGUCUGGAUGCAAAACAAGGAGAUGGUUAUUUAAAGAGAAUUCCUAUUUAUUUGACCCAAAAAGUCCAGUUAAUAUAUUAAUGUGAAAUAAACCCUGUUUGCACCUUGAUUUGUUUGCUACAACUGUGAAAUAGUAAAAAAAAAUGAAGUGACUGGAUGCUC